AAUAAAAAAUACUCAUGUUAUGAGUCUAUUAUUUGUCAUUUUGUAUAUUUAAGGUCUAGCAACGUUACUUUUGUUAUAAUGAAGGGCGAUGCUAGCGUUUUAGCGUUCAUCCUCGCUCGCCACACCAAGAGAAGUUCCUGUUUGACCCAUCAAAAUAAAAGAGCCAGUAAUGAGAUAUUCAUUUUUCAAUUAUACUAUGUCAACCUCCCCGGGAAACGACCGCAUUUUGCCCCAUUUUUCCGUGGUACCUUUUCGCAAAAAUAGUUUUCGGUAUUUUUCUGUAUUUCAACUUUCAUGGACAUGUAUUUUGAAAGUCAGUGUUUUAACAAUAUAGCGGUUAAUUUUGUGCUACAUUUUCGUUUACAAUUAUUACAUUACAGUACAUUAUACAUUAUUACAUUAUAGUAGGACAUACAUUGCCCGUUAAAGAAAGUCCAGUCAUUCAGGUUUGGCUUUGACGUCCCAGUGAUCCUACGUAGUUCUGAUGAUACAGAGUUCCUACCAACCCCCGAAAAGCAAAUGGUUCAGGUGAGCAACCCCUUUUCCCUGGUGAUGGGCUCAGGACGUGCAUCAGUCGCAGAUGGCGUGAAGCUGAAGCCGUGUUGUUUGGAGCCCUGUGUCCUCAGCUGUUUCUGGGGCUGUGAGGUCAGUGCCCUGCAGCGUGCCCUGCACGCCGCCCAGGGGGGCUCCAGGCUCGGUACACCCCAACAUUUCCAGGAAGCCCUGCAUCCUUUCUAUCUCCACAAGCAGAGCUUCUAUGUGGGCAGUGAAGACGGAGAGGAACGGCAUACAUGCAUUCCAGCUGAUCUGGGAAUUACAGAUUUGGGUCCGUUGCCCAGGCAAAGCUACCCUCUGGUGGCCGUGCUGACGCUGGCACAACAAGAAGCCCGAGACUCCUACAACUUUGUCGCCAAUGUGACGGUUGUUCACGUACCGGACCAUAAACACAAGAUGUCUGCAAGGAUCCUCUUCCAGUUCCUCCUCACCUCACAGGGGAACAUGUACGAGUUAAAGCCUCUCUUCAUGUCAGCUGACAGCGGGGUGAACUCUGACCUGGACCUCCCCGGUGCUGAGGAGGCCAGCAGGGUGCCGGAGGAUGAAGACUGGCGUGGGGGGCGUGUCAGAGACUGUGUGGUGUGCCAGAAUGCGUGUAUCAACAGAGUCCUGCUGCCCUGCAGACACGCGUGUGUAUGCAACAGCUGCGGCUCCCGCUUCCAGCACUGCCCCAUCUGUAGGGCUUUUAUUGUGGAAUCCUUUGCCCUCACGCUGUGACAUCAUGCAGCAAAGUCAAGUCAACACAAUAUCAUCAACCUUUAAAGCUUUGGCAGCUUCGUACCUGUUCAACUUUCAGAUAAUAUCCUACUUCUUUUCCAGUAUUGUAUAAAGUAUUUCAUAAUAGAGUGAUUUAUUGUUAGAAUAUAAUACUGCAGUAUGAACAGACUGGACCUUUACAAGUAAAAUGGCUGUCGUUAGCGGGUAAGUGUAUUUGUGAUGAAACAGCAUUUGAGUAGAAUGGUUUAUUGCCAUAAAUUGAAGUUUUUUUAUACAAGUGUUGUGGGACAAGUAGUGAAGUACUGGGGGCAGUCAGGCUAACGUUUGGCAGAAACUACAAUCAAUUUUUUCCAAAUUCUGCUCCCACAAACAGAGAAUACACUUUUUCUUGUGGCCUUACAUCACAGCAAACAUAUGAAAGUCAUGGGAACAUGUAUCUACAUCUAUACAGGCUUGUAGUCCAGCUUGGACUCCAGCUUCUUGGAAUCGGCAACCUUUCGCACGGCUUUCAUGAAAUCCUCUUGAGUGACGUACUCUCUGUCAGAACGGAUGGCAAACAACCCUGCAAACCAGCACAUGUAUCACACGCACGUACAAGCAGUGGUGUGGAGUCAGGGCCAACAGGGCCUUCUCUGCUGGCCUAAGCACCGUCAGAGACACAGACCUAUAUUUACAACUUCAAUUCUAGUAUUUGUUCCGUGAAGUUGUAUUCAUUUAGUAGCUGCACUGCUUCCAGGGGUGAAUGUUACUUUUUUUUGUCCUAUCAGAUUUCAGCUUCUAUGUGUUGCCCCAUCAAUAUAAUCUGCCCAGGGCCUUCAGAAUCAGGAGUGCUGACCCAUGUCACCUAAACACUAUUAGCUAUGGAGCUGUCCUUUACCGAUCAUAUGUGAGAUUCACCUUGCAAGGCCAGCCAGCUGAUGUCCGUGUUUUUCUGUGCUCUGAUUAAUCUGGCGUGAUUUUAUUCAAUGUUUUUGUGCAUAUGAUGAUGAUGGUAUUGAGUAGAACGUCAUACCUGCUUCUGUGCAAACAUUUCUCAGAUCAGCUCCAUUGAAACCGUCCGACAGCUUGACAAUGGCUUCAAAAUCUGCAAAGACAAAAGGCAAAGCUGUCAGUCUCAUCAGUAUGAGGUACAAAGACAGCAUGAAUGGAGCUGUCAGCAUUAGCACAAUCAAACCAACUUGAGCGUAGCCGUAAGCACUGGUACGAGGUAAGAAGGUAACACCAGUAUGUUGAGCAUCAGCACAAGGUAAAGACAACAUGAGCUGACCUAUUUCUCCAUGCUUGGUGAUGGGACUGGAGUGGAUCUUUAGGAUGUCCAGGCGAGCUUGUUCAUUUGGCAGUUCGAUGUCUGGAUGCAGACGUUGUUAGAAUUGGAUCAUACCACAAAUAUCUAUCACCACAAACUGAUCUUACGAAUUUUGCGGUCUAGUCGGCCAGGUCGCAGGAGGGCGGGGUCCAGAGUGUCUGGUCUGUUGGUUGCCAUGAUCAUCUUGACCCGAUGCAGCGUGUCAAAGCCGUCCAUCUGGUUGAGCAGCUGACACACACGACGCACGGCAUUACAUAAAAUCGAUCAUCACAAUAUUCCCUCAAACAAUAAUAAAUACAUAUUCUCAUCC